AAAAAGCGGUAGAAAAUGAAUGAAUGAAUGAAAUAUACACUAAUACGGUAUUAGUUGAAAAAAAAGCCAAAUAAAAAGUACGAUUAAGCCUUUAAUGCUUGUUGAAGGGAUUGGAGAAAUGAAUGAGGUUCCACUGUAUCGAGUAUCUCUACAUCACACGGAUCUAGCCUGUGUUUUUUUUUUAGUCACAGUUCAUUGGCUGCUCACAAAAACAAACCUAAGCGGUGCUGCAGUGCGAGGCGCCGGUGAGCGUGUUCCAUCAAGAGUCAGCAUAGUCUAGUGGGAGGAGUCAAAUAGGUCGCCGAGAUGCAUUUCCCGUAAGUCGCCGGACUCCUCCCCCCCACCCCAGAGAAGAGAAGUGCAGAAACAGGGAAGAGAGAGAGUGAAGAGCACAAAAGGACAAGAGCUCGUUGCUGUGUUGAUGAUGUUGUUGCAUGCAUGUAGCCAUUUUGCUCAGUCGGCGUGGAGAGACUUCAGACCCGUUUUUGUCGAUUGAGACCUUGGCACAAGCCAUGGCGGUGAGGCAGAGGAUCUUCAACUCCACCGCCCCCUUCUCCGGGUCACCCGCCGCCGACCUGAAGGGCUCGUACCCGAAAUGUACCGCCACGGAGAAAGGCACGCAGCAGCAGGAAGAAGAAGAGGAGGACGAGGAGCCGUGGAAGAGCGGCAAAGUGGACUACAUAGCGCUGAGCCCCUUGCUGAAUAAAGUGCUGACUCAGGGGACCGCCAAGCAAGUUGGAGAAGCGCCGCUGAAGAGCUCCCCGUUCAUCGCACAGGCCGAAUGUGAAACCCAGGACUCCCAGGAGUUUAGCCCGUCCUGCUCAGAGCGUCCCUACGUUCCGUCCCCCAGCUGUUUCCUCGCCAAUUUGCAGCCAGAACACAACAACGUGGCGUGUCCGACCACCGCCUCCGUCCAGGAGCCCGGACGCUCGUCAUCGCCUCGUCAGCUCGGGCAGAGGAAGAAACCUCGAAAGCGUACGAAGCGCAAAGGCCGGAAAAAACAUGGCGACAAGAAAGCAAAUGAGGAACAACAGGAAGCUUCUGGAGUCCCCGAGCAGGAGAGUGGGACCUCUCUGGACCACAUCCUGGAACAGUCGUCACAAGAGCGGAGGAGCACCCUCGGUUCUUCUUGCUGCAGCAGUGUGGAGAGCUCAGACGAGCAGGAUGCAGCGCCCCCUCACUGCCACCCAAAGAACUACAACACAGGGUCCGGAUGCUGUCCUUUGGCGUGGACGGAUGUUUUCUGCAGCGCCGUGCUCAGCCUCCGCUCCUACGGUCAGGACAGCGACUCCUUCAGCAGCGUCGGGGACUGCUCGCUGGCCCUCGCCGGCCUGCGGGGCAGCGUCAGUCAAGGGGACCCGUGCUACGCGGGGCCCUUUUUCAAAGACGUGGAGCGGGAUGCGUGGGAGGAUGACGACGCGGAGGAGUGGUCGUCUGAGGAUUCUGUCAGCAACGAGGGGAUCAUAUUUUACAAUGAAAAACUCCAGCUUGUGGACUCGGAGUACAAAGAAGGGAGGGAGUUUAUCCUGUCCGAGUUCCUCAAAGAAGGCUCCUACGGUGAAGUCCACAGUGCUCGGGAUCUCAACACGGGCUUCAAAUUUGCCGUCAAAAAGAUCGCCCUGAAGACGUUCAACAGCGAGGAGGUGAGCACGUGGAGUGCCCUCAGAUCUCCUCGCGUCCUGGAGCUCUUUGGAGUGGUCCGAGACGGGCCUUAUGUUUUCUUUUUGAUGGACCACAAAUCAGGCUCGCUGGGCCAGCUGAUACUCCAGCGGGGGCGUCUUCCAGAGGACCUGAGCCUCCAUUACCUGUUGCAAAUCGUGACAGCGCUGGAGUACCUAGCGAAAAAAAGAGUCGUGCACCUCGACGUUAAAGCUGACAAUGUGUUGCUGUCGGAGGACGGAAAAGACUCCUUCCUGUGUGACUUUGGACACGCAGAGAGACUGGACACGGGGGGGCAGAGCCUCAGCGGGUCCAGAGAUCUGAAGGGCACCGAGACGCACAUGGCCCCCGAGAUCGUGCGAGGUGAACCCCGCGGUGCCAAAGCAGAUGUGUGGAGCAGCUGCUGUAUGUUACUGCACAUGCUCAACGGGUGUCCGCCCUGGACUCGAUAUUACACCUGUCGACUCUUCCUGAAGAUCGCCAACGAACCGCCGCCACUCCGAGAAAUCCCCUCCGACUGUUGCCUCCUCACGGCGGACGCCAUCAAGGCGGGGCUGCAGAAGGAUCCCAACAAGCGAGCAUCAGCCAGCGACAUGAAGGAAAGAACGUCCAGGGCCCUCAAAGAAGUCGGAGGCCUCAGGAGCCCGCCGGCGAGCAGAUUCUACGCCGAGCCGCUUUAUUUCACCGACAGGCCUCCUGACGAGGAGCGUCAAGAGCAGGCUGGGAGGAUGCUGCAACUGAACGAUGACAAUGAAGAGGAGGCCGACGUGUCAAAGCUAGCAUCGUUAUCCGAGCCCACGCAGAAGGUGACCACCGUACCCGAACUGGAGCUCCGUAAACUGGAAAGAGAUUUCUACCUGAGCAGCCUGUCCCAGCUUCACUCCGCCGAGAUGCAGGAGCAACUCCUGUCUUGUCUCAGCAGCGACCCCCACAGCAGCAGGGAACCGUGGGACAAGAAGGACUCGGGUCGCUGGUCGCUGAGCCCGGCAGACGACUGCAGCUCCGGCGUCUGCUCAUACAGCAGCCAGCCGGACGGGCAGCAGAACGUCAGCUUGGAUCUUCUGGCUCACUCGCCUCCUCGGCCGUGUUGCUUCCAAGGCGUGGACGUCUGCAUUCAAGAAUUCAACGGGACGACCAUUCAAAUUCGAGAGACGAGACGCGUGAAGGUGGGCCACAUCGCCACUGGCAUCAGCGAUCAGAUCUCUGAAAGAGUUUUUACCUUGGAGACGCACCUCGGCCACAAGAUCGCCCACGAUGAUGAAGUGCAUGAAUCCGGCUUGAAACUCUGCUGCGUCCCCGCGCCAGACUUCAGCUCCGCUUGGAGGUGGAGGAUCAGAGACGGGGUGCUGGAAACAAGAUGAGAUUAAAUAUUGUCCUUGGAGACCAUUUUUUACAUCCUGUUCAUUUAUUCUAUUGCUGUUUAGCUAGCAGAACCACAGCUACUCACAUUGUCGUCACAUUUGUAGUUUUUACUCGUUAUGCAGAUCAGACGUCCUUUCCAAAACAAAGAAGCAGCACAUGGUUGAAAUUCAGGUUGAGCAGGAAGUUAUGCUAAUAAAAACGUUGGUUAGUUUACCAGUACUGUAAAGUUAACUGUGGAAUACAUGACUAAAGUAUAUAUAGUGGUGUGACAAACUGGUAAAAACAUGGAACAGUAGUGAACCUUCACAGGAGUGGCUGGCCACCCAAGACUCACGAUUCAGCCAAGAGGUCACAAAAGACCCCACAACAACAUCCAAAGAACCGCAGUCCUCAGUUUUCGUGUCCAAUAGACCUUUAAGAAGUUCAAUAAAGCAUACGCCAAGUAUGUUUAAAUGUUUAUUCUCCGUAUUACAACAUACAAAUGCACUGCAAAUUUUUUUUUUUUUUUUGGUCGAUCCAGAACACUUGAAACAAACUUUUAGAAAUGUGAUAGAAAAAUGUGAAAAAAAUUUCAUUGUAAAAAAAAAAAAAAAAGAAACCAACAAAAGGCACUCAAACAUGUAUAGGCUACAAUAUAAACGUCAUUUACUGCGUCAAACGUUUGUAAAGAGUGACUGGCGUACAAAUCGUUACUACAGUACUGAAUGUCCAAAACACAGUUAUGAGUUGAGGUAAGCCAACAUUUUGGUGUUUAUUACAAAUGCUGGUCAAGUCGGCAAACGGCCAAACGGUCACGUAUGACUAAACGUUACAUAAAUAUUUUCAAAAAAAAACAAGUUAAGGGGUCUGUUAAGCAUGUGAUUUGCGCACAUAUUGCUUCGGAUACGAGUGGUAAAAAACCAAGAUGGCCGCUAAACUGUUUUUUAUCAGCUCAGUGACCCAAUCCAGCAGAGAGGAAGAAGCAUUCCGAAUGCAGAAGAUAGUCAACAUCGUCAAUUACAGAAGAAAACAAAAACGCAGUGACUUUCUUGUACCUGUGCUAAGUAAAAAAUAAAUUACUUAUUAAAAUGCAUUCCCUCUCUCAAGAGUAUGGCAGUCACCCUCCUACCUCCAACGCAACAUGGUGAGGGGGGGAUAAAAAAAUCGGGGGCGACAGCGCCACAGUCAGUCGUCACGAAAAAGCACACAGGAGAUGAAGAGGUCCUCUUCACGUGCACAUUCAAGUUCUUUGUUCAUCUCGGCCGCUUCGUUGUCUCCUUCCCCCGCUUCCUGCCAGGUCCGCUCGCUCAAACCACCCAAAUAAACCCCCCCCUUUCACGCCCAGCUUUCGCCCCGACCGCUCACAUUUUACGAGUCACAUACACGGUGGUGAGAACGGCCGCCAAGACGACAGCCACCAUUUGCCAUGUAGGAGUACCGAAGUAAGAGCGAAUACCCUCCUUUAAAAAAAGAAAAAAAAAACGCUUUUUAAUGUGCUGAUUCAUUACUUUUUUUUUUAUCACUUAUGGCUUCCUUACCCAGCCACCUUGCUCCCUGAUCCAGUUGAGAACAUUGUCACGGAGGUAGUCGAUGGUCCAACUGAUGAUAGUUCGGAUGAUGUCAGGAAUGUGUGUCAGGAGAGCCUGGGAGAGACCAACCCGUAUUUUUAUAUACAAGACAGCCGAGCUCCCCUGAAGACAUUCACGCAUGGCCGUUAUUGUCAUCCAAAAUAUAUAAAAAGUUGAAUUUUUUUAUUAAUAUUUUUUCCUGAGACAUUGGAUGUGUCGAUACUUUUGGGGGUUUAGGGACCCGCGUGCGGUUUGUCGGAGAAGAGGCUCUACUUGUUUAUUCAAACCCUGUUAAAUAGGGCUCGUAACGAUAAUGAGACUAGAACUAGAAUCUUGCU